CUUUUACUCUCGCACUCUCAUGGACAUGCGUAAGAUCGCCUUAAGCCCAACGGUCUCUCUGGGAGGCUACAUCACCUCGUCCAGCACCCAGAGACGAUCCUUUGCCUUGGCCUCCAUGCGGAGCGUGCACGGGAGAUCCGACUCCAGCAACAACUCUGCCUCCCCGCUGUGGCCGUCCACGGCCGACGAUCUGACCCCGUACCGCAUCCUUGGGCUACAGCCCGGCGAACCGUAUCGCAAGAGCGCCUUCUACGAGCGGGCCAAGCUCUACCACCCCGACCGACACAGGGCCGUGCCGUCCGGGCUGGCCCCGGCCAUUCGGGCCUCGCGGUACCGGAUGGUCGUCGCCGCUCACGAACUGCUCUCGGACCCGCACAAGCGGGAGGCCUACGACCGUUCAGGCGUGGGGUGGAAGUGGGGACGCCCUUCUGGGCCGGGGCCUGGUCCUGCCGGUGCUGGUACCGGUACUAGUGCUGAUGCAAGUGACUACAGCAAUGCGACAACUGCCGCCGACAGAAACCCCCCCGCGCUGCGAUUCUUCCGCACGCGCUCCGGCCUGCUCCUCGUGGUCGUCAUUCUCGUCUUCUUCCAGAGCUGUCUAUUUAUUGUUCAGUACAAUAAGGCGCAGCUCCGCGCAUGUCAAGUCCACCGGCAUUGCCAGCGCUUGCUGGAGCGCCGCCGUACCCGCGCGGGUAACCUGGCUGCCCUGCCGGCCGCCCAGCUCGAGCGCUUUCUCCUCAAUCGUGAUCCCAGCGGUAUGGGGCUGACGGGGGUUGAAAGGUAUGUCUAUCGGGAUGUCCUGCCUACUUGCGCGCAUGGUCCUGUGUAG